ACUUCAGUCUCAUCUUCUUGAGCAUCUUUAGUUUUGCCCACCGCUGUUUUUCUUUCUUGCAGAAAUGUCAACCCACGACACUAUGCUAACGUGGUCGCUGGAAGCUUUCUUGGAAUGUUACAAUUCUAUCAAGUUACAUGGCACAGUAUCAGUAAGUGACCGCAAAGCAUUGAAGAAUGACUUGCGUAACAUUCUACUUGUCCCUGCUAGGAACGAAAAAAGCAGGUCUGCACUUGCUGCAGGUGAGAAAGGGAAAACAGUGGCUUUUCAAAAUGGUCAGGAAUAUACACUCAACGCGGCGUUCGUCACGACAGCUAGCAACUUGGCGUCAGAAUUAAAUUUGGACGAGCUUUCAUCAGCCGAGUUACUCCAAGAAGUUUCUGCCACAAAUUUUGCUCAAGGCUCAAGCCCCGUCGAGGCUGGAAUUUUGGGUUUUUACCAACGCUAUAGUUAUAUUCUCAACAUCCUUGGGUUUCUAGUAUCCGAGAAACAAUUGGAUCUGAUUUAUGAGGGCAGCAUUUCUGAGAUCUUGCCCCAGAUCCUUCAAAGUUUCAAACAGAUUUACUCUUUGGUAUCUCUUCAAAAUGACUUCAUAGACAAAGAGAACGCCACCGGGGAUGUUAACAGCUUACCGUUCGUGAAUAAGAUCACAUAUGCGAAGGAGCAGCUUUUCGAGUUGCAUGAUCUCUUGGCCCAGCUUCUUUACUCUUUAUUUGACAAUUACAUUGACGUGUUUGGAACUUAUGAGUCUUACCAGUCAAUUUUAACACAUAUCAACGAGACCGUGAAGUCCAACUCGGACUCUCUUCUUUUACACUACUUUCCUGCAUUAAUGAGGAUAAUCACUUGUUUGCUGGAAAUCAAGGAUGUUGAUGUUCACAAGUUCCAUCUGAGCUUUGUGUCUAUUCUAACCUCAGAUUUCUCGAAAGUCAGCUUGAAUGAUGAGAUUGAUACGUCUAAGUCUUCCUUGAGGCCACACGAGCUUUUAUUACAAUUGAUUUUUUACAUAUCUCUUGUUCCAUGGUGUAAACAAUCUGCUGCAAGAACUCAAAAGUUUGAUUUUCAGAAUGAUAUCUUAAAAUACACGGAAUGGCUCAUCAAUUACGGAACGAUGGAACAGCUUCUUUGUUAUUCUGCCGAGUCUGCCAACAUUAUUACUGAGGUAACAUUUGAUCAAAGCAAACUUUUUGAUUUCAGACCCCUUCUUCAGAAGUCUUUUCCACGGUUGACCCCUAUUCUCUUCACAUAUUCUCGGAAUGAGGAGUUGCAGCACGUCGCCAGAACAAGAUCAGGGUACUCAAACUUGCUCAGAUUAUGCGACACCCUGUCUCUUUCACUCUCGCCCAAUAUGCGUGAGGCGCUUUUGGCGCCAAUUUUUCAUACUUUCUUUUGCGAUUUCGUGAAUCAUUCUGCAAUUGUUUUGACAUCUCUCCGCGAUAAUGAGGAAGAUUUUUUGCUAUCAUCAAUCAACAGAAAACAACUUGAAUCGGACCCAUCAUUCGGAGACUAUGAGAAAAUCCACGGCGAAAGUGGAGCUAGCAAGAACUCCACAAAUUCAAAAAGUGAUUACGGAAUAGAUUUAGACGAGCUUGCAACGAGGGCAGAACUAGAGAGAUUCUAUUUAGCAUUUGCUUACACAUACAGCAACAGACCAUCUAUCUGCGAAGCAUUCUGGGCGCACGAUAAUGGCAAUGUUGUUGGGUUUAUCAGCUGGGGUUUGUCAAACAACACAUCACCUCUUAUCACAGCUACAUUCUGCUUACUUUUGGGUAGUUUGACAUACAGUGGUCAGAAUUCGAGCGAUAAAGUCUGGGAGAUUUUGUGCAAUAGUGGACUCUUGAAAAAGAAGGAUUAUUCUCAAAUUUCAGUUGAUUCGAUUAUCAGCUCUUUAUCUUACUACAUCAAUGCUCUCGAGGAAAGCGUUUUACAAAAUCUUCGUGAUCAAGGAAAACUCAAUCAGGAAAAACAUGAAACCAUUUUUUCAAGUGGGGCUCCACAAUCCGAAUUGGAUAAAACGCCCGUUCAAUUAUCAGAAGACUCGGUUGUCUUCAUCGCGGGAUUCAUGAUGCUAAUCUCAAUGGUCGUUGAAAACUUGUCAUCCGUUGCUUUCAAAAAGGCUGCGUUUCUGCACUUCUAUCCAAUCAUUUCAUCCUUCUUAAAGCUUGAUAAUAUUGUGACAUCAGCAAAACAUUCACAACCCCAGGGGGAGUUGUGCAUGGCAUUUUUGAAUGACGAGAACAGAACAGCUCUUGUCAAUUUGGUAUUGAACCUACUCACGAAGUUUGCAAAGAGUGCUGAGGCUGAGGUGAAAUGCAAAAUUUGGGUCCUUCUUGACAAGUGGAUCUCUCAUUCGGUUAUUGAAAAUGAGUCCAUGAAUCCUACUUGCAUUAGCGAAGACACACCGUCAAGAUUGACAUUCUCAACUUCAACAUCCGGGAAAAACGAUAUACAGAAAUUGAAAGCCUUGCAUAAAGGUACGUCCAUGAAAAGAGGAUUUGAUGUCAAUCUCACAAAAAUUUCGGAGGUUUUAAAUUUUGUCAAACUCAUGGAAAAUCUCUUAGAGAAAGAAGAAAAAAUUGAUGAAUAUCCUACUUUCAGAAUCCCCUUUCCAGCAGAUUUGGGUCAUAAAAAUCGUCAAAAAAGCUCAAUUGGUAUUUGGCCUUAUAUCGAAUAUUUGAUAAGCGAGGUCUUUGGCAGGUCAUCAGGCCUUGAUUCUAAGAAGAUGAAGUUUGACUUACAAAAUCUGAUACUCAAGAUAAUUGUGUCUUCUUUGCGGGAAGUCGAUUGGAACUUUUUCGACAAAGCUGCCCAAGACAUUUUGCCAGACUUUGCACAACACAAAGAUCGGUUUGCGAUAUCCUUGCUCUCAUCUGGCGAGACAAACAUCUUGUCAUUGAACAAUUUCACUCGACUUCAUCAUUCGUUCGCCAUCAUCAAUUAUUUAUUCGAAAAUCAUGCCAGUGCGACUUUAUUUCAAAUAAUUAAUACGGGAUCCGAAGAGAUAACUACCAAUUUGAAUUAUGGUUCUUUGGUAGGUCUUGCAUUAGAGACCUUGAAACUUCUUCUCAAGUUGCAAACGUCAUUUAUUGAUAAAUUGAGUAUUUUGAAGAAUUUUGAUGGUCUUCAACCAAAUCAAGGCUCUUCAAAUGGAUAUGGCACUUCUAUGAGCUUGAUGUUAUCCUUUUCGCAAUUGGAGUAUAACAACAUAUACUACCCAGAUACUUUGGGUACGAAAGGGGUAAGCAACUUCUAUGAAAUGCUUUUGUAUCAUAUCACCAGUGUUGUGAAUGUCGCAUUAUAUGUGGGAAACUCUGAAGAAUUGCUCGUAAAUUUGAGUAUUGAGAUCUUGAGUCUCAUUUCGCGGUCGCCUAUUUUUGUUUCCGGAACAAGGAAAUCUUUAUUGCAACAGAAUAGACUCUUGAACAUUUUCCAAAGUAUUGAUGAGUCGAAAAAAAUCAAAUUCGCAUUUAUUCAGCAAUUGGAGGCUUCUACAUUGUUCUUGAAGCCAAAGCUAAAGAUUUUGAACUUUUUGAUUGAAAACUUGCCGCUGACGAAUGAGAUCACUAUUUCACACUUUCUAAUUGGGUUUGAUAUUAAAGCAGAUAAAUUGUUAAUCCGAAAUUCUUCAAACUCUGAUUUGUUGCUCCGCAGUUUGGUCGAAAUGUUGUUGGAAACACUUCCUUUGAUUUCUGAUGUUGAUUAUAGUCAGGGGUAUCAAAAUCAGAUUACAUUAGGACCAGCAACAUUGUCAUCGCUUAUCAUGAAGAUUUUGGUCCGCUUAUGUCAAAAUUCUAACUCAUCCAAAAUUACGCUACAAUACUUGAGACAACAUGACCUUUUUGUCAAGAUUGUAAACACACAGCCGAAAAUUGAUGAUUUGACUAUAUGGCACAAGUUCAGAUUUAAUGGCGAUGUUCAAGAUGCAAUUCAAAACUCCUUUUUAGGCGAUGACGGAUGCCGUGAUACUUUCUUCGAGUUUGUCUGCUUCAGAAACUCGGUUUUACAAUAUCUUUCACUCGAACUUCAUGAUGUUGGGUCGCGGAGCCGCAAAGAUUAUUACAUCGGUUUGCUUCUUGAUGGCUCAGAAUUCCUCGAUGGGACAGCCAGGAUCUUGAACUUUUUGGAUGUUUUGCACUAUCAGUUUUACAACACUGGAGAUUAUAAUAUUACUCCAUUUGAGAAAACUUUCAACUUACAGCCUCUUGCACUCGAAGUAGAAGCGAGAUCUAGCGCGCAUGAAAAAGUUACUUUGUUGAAUAAGGUUACCAACUUGAGAUGUAAAAUUGCAAACAACAGCUUGUCAGGCCGAGACGCUAUGUCAGAAUUCAAAAUGCAGGCCAACAAAGAGGCAUCAGAGCUAGAAAUCACGUUGAAUAAUGCUUGUUUCGUGCAAAGAAUGAAAGCGGCCCACUCGAAAACUUUACAUGCAUGGGUGCAAAUUGUGCAAGUUCUCACAACCGAUGAGGUCACCAAAAAAACGAACUUCAUACCUCAGGUGCUCCAGGUUGUACUUCCCAAGAUUAAUCACGAUUUCCAUGAACAGGAUGUUCUGUUUGCCGAGGAGUUGAUCUCGUUGUGUCUUUUCCUCUUUGAUUUGCUCGACGAGAAUUCGCAGACCAAGUUGUUGAAAGCUGACCAAACCAGCUUGCAAGGUCUUUUCGCGCUUUUCAAAACAUGCGUCAAUGGGCUUCUUUGUUCACACUCAUCGGCUGGACUUAGGUCAGAUUUGUACUUGUUGAUCAACAAAUUUAUACACAAGGGAUUGGAGACAGAAGAAUUAUUGAAUGAAAUAAUUGUUGUCUUGAGGUCUGUUGAUAGCAAGUUUUUUGAUGUCGUGUGCAAUGACUCGGUUUAUUCUGAGGGGGUUUCUCGCAUCACGUCCUUAAUACUUUUGGAAUCGCUCGUUCAUUUGUCCCAAAAAGAAAACUCAAGUUUCUUCAUGACUGCCUUGACAAAGAAUAACACUUUGUCAUUGCUAGUGAGAUCCUUGAAGCGGGCAGAUGAUGUUCUUGCUGCGUGUGGGGAAGCUGCAUCCAGUAAGCGUGAUUCAGGUAUGAACUUGGAGACACUCUUUUACGAGCUCACUGCGUUGAAGACCACCCUAUUUACGUUCAUUAGACUCGGGCAAUCAAGGUCUGGUGCAUCAAAAUUAGUGGAAAACGGUAUCUUUGCGACGCUUCGGAGACUCAAGUUCUUAGCAAUUGACGCGGACUUGGGACUAGACUUUCUUGUUCAAGAAAGUGAAGAGAGUAUUGGUCAUGACACCAUAAUUAAACUAGCAUUGGACGUGCCGUUGACCAUUCGCGAGAAAAAUCGCCAGGGUGGGGAACACAUGAAAACACUUUCGUUAUACGAGGUUUUGACCCCCAUCUUUCAACUUGUUGCUACGAUUGUUUUAUCAUUGGGGCCCUCUUUCGAACUAGGCAUUAUUCAAGUCGAAGAGUUGAUGAAACACUCUCAUUCUAUUGUUGUCGGGGUCAUGAAGAGAGAUUCGUUGAUUGAAAGUAAGCGCAUCGACCCCGUAUCAGACGCUCGUGAGGAGGAAAUGCGCCUGGACAUGCUGCAGCUUGUAAAUCUCAUAACGUUGAUUUACACGGUACUUUCUGGCACAAAAGGUGGGGAAACAUGACGGUCUGGGGCGCCGCGGACAGUUCGCACGGGUUCGUAACCAUAUCAGUCACAAAAAGAAAUAUACAUAGUAAAAGUUUUCGUAAAAUUGAUUUAUGAAUGCACGA